GGGUCCUUUAAAUCUGAUGGCGUCUUAAGUGAAGAUGUGGAGAAGAAUUUAUUAGACUUUUAUUUUUAAUUAAAUGUUAAUACAUCUUUACAAAUGCGUAGUUCAUAUUUUAAGCCACAAAAUGGCUCAAACUACAAAUACACCAAGUUAAAAGCUUCAGCAGACUCGGCUGGAUCAGCCAUGUCCCUGAAGCCCCAGAAAAAUGCCCAAACUACACAUUAUAUUGAGCUUGGAGGUUACCAGUACUGGCCUGUACUGGUGCCCAGAGGCAUCAGACUGUACACAUAUGAACAGAUCCCAGUAUUUCUUAGAGAUAAUCCAUACAUCACCGAUGGAUACAGAGCCUACCUGCCUUCCAGGCUUUGCAUUAAAAGCCUCUUCAUCCUGUCCAAUGAGACGGUAAAUAUCUGGAGCCAUCUGUUGGGAUUCCUGCUCUUCUUCUGUGUUGGGGUGUACAACAUGGUGUCGGUGCUGCCAUCCAUCGGAGCAUCGCGAGAGGAUUAUGUCAUAUACUCCAUCGGGUUGUUCUGCUUCCAGCUGUGUAUGCUUUGCUCCGUGGGCUACCACCUGUUCUGCUGCCACCGCUCGGAGAAGACCAGCCGCCGCUGGAUGGCGCUGGAUUACGCUGGCGUUUCAAUCGGCAUCCUGGGAUGCUACGUUCCAGGAGUCUUUUACACGUUCUACUGUAAUAAUUACUGGCGGCAGGUGUACCUGGUGACGGUCCUGGCCAUGAUCCUGGCCGUCUUCUUCGCUCAGAUCCACCCUCUCUACCUCAGCAAGCAGUGGAAGCAGCUGCGCUCGCUCAUCUUCUGCUCUGUAGCGGGGUACGGCCUCGUCCCGACUGUUCACUGGAUCUGGAUUACCGGAGGCUUCUCCUCCGAGCUCGUACAGGCUUUUGUUCCACGCAUCCUUGGGAUGUACUUCAUUGCGGCUUUAGCUCUUGUUUUCCAUGUUUCUAAGGUUCCUGAGCGUUACUUCCCUGGUCAGCUGAACUAUCUGGGCUCCAGCCACCAGGUGUGGCACCUUCUGCUGGUUCUGAUGUUCUACUGGUGGCACCAGUCUUCAGGCUUCAUCAUGGCCUACAGACACAGCCAGCCCUGUGCCAGUGCUCCACAGCACACGUAGCUGACUCCUCUACACAGCAGGACCCGACCCUCUGCAUGACAGCGGUCCAGUCGAAUCUGCAGACCUGAGCCGCUACAGGAUGUGUUGGGACAAGUCUCACUCAGGAUCAGUCAUUAAAAGGACGUUAAUGUCAGAAGGUCACCUCCAGAAACCCGUUCUGAGUCCAGGCAAGCAGCCAUGUCACCCACCUGGUCAUCAGGUCUUUAACAUUCUUCCAAGUGCCUGAAAAUGAUGUAGCUCCUUGGCUCAGUCCUGUAUAUUUAGACGUUUCAAUGUCCCGUCAUUGAGCUGAAUUUGAACCACUUAGUCACAGAAAGUGACCAUCAGUCAAUAAUGUUACAGGAAUGAACCCAAAGAUUGUUUUUAUUCAACAUGUUAGUAACCAGAUGUCUGUGUUGUUUGGGGGAGAAGGGGCGAAAUGUUUAAGUAAUAAACGAUUCAGAGCUGCAGAUAAAGUUUGGGGAGAAAUUCCUCCCCCUUUAGUGAACUAGAUCAGAUUUAAAGGAAAUAAUGAGCAGCUCUGCCUCUAGAGGGCACUACUGAGACACU